AUGUCUUGCAACAACCAAUAUGUCUUUGUCAACGACACCAACUCAUUGUCAUCAUCUUUUUCAUUGUUCGACCAUGUUGAACAACAAUCAAAUAUCAUCCAAAAUAAAAAUAUUUCUUUGUCUAUGAUGAUGCAGCCAUCAUCCGUUUCAUUGUCAUCUUUUAAUCAUUUUGAACACCCAAUCAUUCUUAACAAAAACAAAAACAACAAAAACAACACCAACUACAAUAAUAAUAAUAGCAAUAAUAAUAACGAUAUCGAUUCAUCUAUUUCACAAACCCAAUUUGAUUCAAAUCAUAUUGUUUCUCAAUGUCAUUUACCAUCAAACCAUACUUUUAUUCCUAUCUAUACCAACAAAAAUAAAAAUAAUAAUAAGUUAUCUUUUAAUGAUUUGUCCCAAUCCCAUUUCCAGUUACCAUUAAAUCACUCAACCAACAACCAUAUUAUUUUCUAUGGCGACAAAGAGGAGGAGGAAGAGUAUGUUCAAUUGAACAGCAACAACACAAUCUCAUGUUUCAACCAUGUCGAACAUCAAUUAAUUUUUAUCAACUAUCCAUUGCCAAUUAGUAGUUUUCCAUCGUUUUCACACAAUAUUCACUUUAACUCAAGCCAUGUUUUGUUUAUCUCAAAUCAUUCAACAACCAAAAACCAUAUUAUUUUAGAGGAGGAGGAGGAGGACUUCAACAGCAGUCCAAUUUCAAUCUCCUGUUUCAAUGUUAACCAUCAAUCAAAUCUCAUCUUAGAGGAGGAGGAGGAGUCUGUUCAGUUGAACAGAAACAGUGCAAUCUCAUUUUCAUAUUUCAACCAAUCAAUUCCCUUAGAUAAUAAUAAUAAUAAUAUUUCAUUCUUCAAUGACCAUCAAUCAUCGAUUCCAUGUUUUAAAUCUAGUGAUUUUUUAACUCAUUCAACAACCAACAACCUCAUUCUUUUAGACAAGGAGGAGGAGUUUGUUCAAUUGAACAAAAGCAGCAUAAACAUCAUAAAUUCAUUAACAUGUUUAGACAAUGUUAAACAUCAAUCAAUUCCAAUUAGUAAUCAAUCAAAUAAUAAUAAUAACUAUUUUUCAUUAAUUCAUUCAUCAUCAUUGAUUUCACCUAUUCCAUUUUCAUCUGAUUAUUUUAACUCUUCAAACACUUCCACAUCAUCAUCAUCAUCAUCAACAUUAUAUUUAUUAUCAAAUACAAUUAAUUCAACAAGAUCAAAUACAAGCCCAUUUUCAAGAUACUCCAGCAACAUCUCAAGAAUAGAAAACAACAACAACGCGGUAACAAGCUCUGACAAUUUAAAGCAUUCUACUGAUUCCUCUUCUUUUAUUUUUAUAGUUACCAAAGUUGCCAACAAUUAUUUUGAUUCUCUCAACUGUUUCGGAACCAAUCAUUCAAAUCAUACAACAAUACAACAACAGCCAUCAUCAUCAUCAUCACCAAUCAAUCAUGAUACAAUCCUCACCACAAUACACACUCACAAAUCAACUCACAAUCAAUAUUCACAAAUCACUCCACCAUCUUCAAAUAAUAAUAAUAAUAACAACAAAAAUAAUACCAAUGAAUCAACCUCACUUAUUCACUCAUUAUACAUGUACAUUCCAUUUAAUUCAAGUGAUGAUGUUUCAUCCAAUUGUCAAUCAUCACCAUUACUCUUUAAUCAUUCAACAACCAACCAUUUUCUUUUAGCAGAAGAGGAGGAGCAGAAUGAGGAAUCAUUUCAAUUAAACAACAACAACAACCACACAAUCACAAUCUCAUUGUUCAACCAUGUUGAACAUCAAUCAAUUCAUAAUAAUAAUAAUAGUAUUUCUUUCCAUCAAUCAACCAUUUUAUUUUAUAAUUCAAGUGAUACUCAAUGUCAAUCAAAUCAUCCAUUCAUUCCUGACAACAAUAAUAAUUAUUUAUUUUUUAAUUCAUCCAUGUCAAUUCCUUUUAAUUUUCAAUUACCAUUAAAUCACUCAACAACCGACAACCACAUUCUUUUAGAUGUUCAAUCGAACAGCAACAAAACAACAAAUUCAAUCUCAUUUUUCGAUCAUCAACCAAUCAUUUCCAUCAAUAAUAAUAAUAAUAAUAAUAAUAAUAUUUCAUUCUUCUAUGGCCAUCAAUUAUCGAUUCCAUGUUUUAAUUCAAGUAAUAUUUUAACUCAUUGCCAAUCAAACAAUCUCACAAUCCUCACCAAUCCAUCCACUCUCCACAUUCAUCUCCAAUCGAUCCACAAUCCUCAAACCAUUGGACAAUCUUCUAAUAAUAAUAACAAUAACAAAAAUACAAAUACAAAUAAUAAUAAUAGCAAUAACAUCACAACAACAAAUAAUAAUAAUAAUAACAACGACAAUUAUUCCUCUUCCACAGACAGACAACCCAUUCAUUGUUCACCAACAAAUAAUAAUAAUAAUAUUACAAUCUUUUCCAAUCACUUCAAUCCACAGCCAUUAAAUAAUACAAACAAUAAUAACAUUAUAUUAAAAAAUACAAACAACAACAACAACAACACCAACAACAACUCAUCAUCAUCAUCAUUCUCAUGCUUCAACUAUGUUGAAACAUUCAUCUCAACCAACAAACAAACAAAAAAUAUUAAUAAUAAUUAUAACAACUAUAACAACAACAAUAAUAAUAAUAAUAAUAACAACAAUAAAAACAAUAAUAGCAACAAAAAUACAAAUAACAACAACAAUAACACAAGAUCACCAAAUAAUAAUAAUAAUAACAACAACAAUUAUUCCUCUUCCACAUACAGACAACCCCUUCGUUGUUCACCAACCUCCAAUAAUAAUCGUAAUAAUAUUACAAUCUUUUCCAAUCACUUCAAUUCACAGUCAUUAAAUAAUACAAAUAAUACAAACAACAACAACAACAACACCAACUCAUCAUCAUCAUCAUUCUCAUGCUUCAACCAUGUUGAAACAAUCAUCUCAACCAACAUUAAUAACAAUAACUACAUUAAAUUAAAAAAUACUAAUAGCAACACCAACUCAUCAUCAUCAUUCUCAUGCUUCAACUAUGUUGAAACAAUCAUCUCAACCAACAACCAAUCAAAAAAAAUUAAUAAUAAUAACAACAAUAAUAACAACAAUAAUAACAAAAAUACAAAAACAAAUAACAACAACAAUAACACAAGACCAACAAAUAAUAAUAACAACAAUUAUUCCUCUAACAUAGACACAUUAAACAAUCCAACAACGACAAUCUCAAUGUGUCCAAUAUCAAUGACAAGACCAUUUUCAAGACACUCCAACGUUUCAAGAUUACAAAACAACGCGGUAACAAGUUCUGACAAUUUAAAGCAUUUUAUUGAUUCCUCUGUUAUUAUUUUUAUUAGAUACCAAAGUUGCCAACAAUUUAUUUUGUAUUCUCUCAACUGUUUCGGAACCAAUCAUUCAAACCAUACAACAAUACAACAACAACAAUCAUCAUCACCAAUCAAUCAUACAUUCCUCACCACAAUACACACUCACAAACCAACUCACAAUCAAUAUUCACAAAUCACUCCACCAUCUUCAAAUAAUAACAAUAAUUUAUCUUUUAAUUCAUCCACAAUGUCAAUUCCUUUUAAUUUAAAUGUUUUGUCUGAAUCUCAUUUUCAAUUACCAUUAAACUCUAGUGAUGUUUUGUUUCAUUAUCAAUCACCAAAUCAUUCAAUAACCACCAACAAUAUUAAUUUAGAUCAGGAGGAAGAGGAGUUUGUUCAAUUGAACAGCAACAGUAGCAGCACAAAAUCAUUAACAUAUUACUUAGCCCAUGUUAAAAACCAAUCAAUUCUUAAUAGUAAUCAAUCAAAUAAUAAUAAUAAUAAUUAUUCAUUAAUUCAUUCAUCAUCCAUUUCACCCAAUCAUUUCAACUCAUCCACAUCAUCAAACACAUCAUAUAUACCAAAUAUAAGCAAUUCAACAAGCUCAAUCGCAAGCCCAUUUAAAUCAAGACACUCCAACAUUUCAAGAUUAAAAAACAACUCAGUAACAAAUAACAAUAUUAAACACAUUAAAUUAAAAAAUACAAAUAACAACAAUAAUAAUAAUAAUAAUAACUAUGCCAACACCAACUCAUCAUCAUCAUCAUCAUCAUCAUCAUUCUCAUGCUUCAACCAUGUUGAAACAUUCAUUUCGACCAACAAUCAACAAAAAAUAUUAAUAUUAAUUAUAACAUCACACAAUAAUAAUAAUAACAAUAAUAAUAAUAAUAACAAAAAUAAUAACAAAAACAAUAAUAAUAACAACAACAAUUAUCCCUCUUCCAUAGACAUACAAAGCCCUCAUUGUUCACCAACAAAUAAUUAUAGCAUUUCAUUUACAACAAAUAUUAAUAAUCAUAAAAUCACAACAAACAAUAAUAAUACAAACAAUAAUCAAAAAACAAAAAAUAAUCCAACAAACUAUAAUAAUCCAAAUAAUAAUAAUACAAACAAUAAUCAAGCAAACAAUAAUAAUAUAAACAAUACAAAUAAUAACAUAAAAAAUAAUAAUAACAAGAAUACAUUUUAUAAUAACAACUUAAAUAUUAAUAAUAAUAUUAAUAAUAAUAACAAUAACAAUAACAAUAUAUUAUAUAUGUCACAAUCCAACUCUUCCUCCUUUUUUACCUCUUCAAUGUACAUGCAACCCCCUCAUUGUUCACCAACAAAGAUUAACAUUACAAUUACAACAAAGAAUAAUCAUAAUAACAUUACAAUCUUUACCAAUCACUCCAAUCCACACCCCUUAUUCACCAAUCAAUCAUUCAUUCAUCACCAAUCCUCUAGUCAGUCGCCCGUCCCAAAUCCAGUGAUCAAGAGUACCAGUUUCCAAGCAACAAUCACCACCAUUCGUAGACCAACAUAA